AGUUAACAUGCAGCCGCAGGGACCUUCAACACCGGGUGAACGCUUUGUACGUACAUCUACUCGUGCAGUAAUGUCGUUGAAAGGGCAGUUUCAGUCGAUGCGCGUUUCUAAUGAUCACCCUAAAAACGGGCAGAGCGAAGCUUUACGUACGUCGGCAACGCCCUCUGAAUCGCCUAAUUUCUAGACACUUGAGGAAAGCCGCCACUUCCUAGGAGAGUAUACGCACCUAUUUCACCUUUUUCCUAUGGAAUCAGAAGAACUUCUCUCAAACGAUCUUUCUAUUUGUGUAUACUAUUAUUAUUGAAUUUGACGGUCUCUUAGCAUUAACUUGUUUAAUCAAUAUACAUCUGAUCCAUACUCGACCUCUGUCUUAGAUAUACAGGGUGUCCCAAAAUAAUGUGC